AAUGUUCGUACUAUUAUUUGAAUUAUUAGACCAAUUAGCGUUGUUACUUAUGUUUUUUUUAUUUACAUCAAAUAGUUUAAAAAUAAUUAUAGAUUUUUAAAUGGAACUUUGUGCAAGUGUACGUGUUUGUUUCUUAUAUUUUGAAAUAAAUUUAAAAAGUUUAAUACAUGUUACAGGAUGAAUCAGACUAUAUGUCGUUUGUGUUAUACAAAUCCUGGAGUAACUUCUGUAUAUGACUACAGUUCUGGUGUUCCAAUAAGUGCAAAGAUUAUGUACUGUUGUAAAAAUAUAAGAAUCUCCGAAGACGAAGACUUUCCAAUACAUAUAUGUAAGUUGUGUGAGAAUGAACUAGAAUCUUCUUACUGUUUUAUUCUUAAAUGUGAAGAGACAGAUAAGAAACUGAGAUUAACUGAUUCUAAAUAUUUUAAGAAUGAAAGCAAGGCGAAAAUAGAAAUAAAGGAAGAGCCAGAGUCUUCUCUCUUACAAGAUGACAUAGAAGAUCCAUAUGAUACAUCUAGUGACAUAAAACAAGAAGAUGCUGACUUACAAUUAGAAACAAGAAAGAAAAGAAAUGGCUUAAAGAAAAGCUUUAAAAUAAGAAAGAAGAUUAAAGAUCCACAUCCAUGCACUUGUAGUGUUUGUGGCCGCCAGUGCCCUAAUCCUUCAACACUUAUGAUACACAUGAGGUCUCAUACAAAUGAAAGGCCAUAUCCUUGCCCAUCUUGUGAUAAGAAAUACAAAGACAGCGGUAGUCUCAAAAGACAUGCAGAGAGAAAUCAUUUAAAAGAUAAAAGAGAAAGGAAAUUUAUUUGUGAAAUUUGUGGAAAGGGUUUCUUUUCCAAAAAUGACAUCAAGAUACAUAUGCGAGUUCACACAGGUGAGACUCCAUAUGCAUGUGCGGUCUGUCCCGCAAGGUUCACACAAAUAAAUGCUCUCCAUCGACACCAAGUUCGUCAUACAGGGGAGAGGGCAUAUGCCUGCUCAACAUGUCUUAAAAAAUUUUGCACCAAAGAGGAAUUAAAAAAUCACUAUGUUGCACACACAAGUGCCAAGAACUAUACCUGCCCAACAUGCAAUACUCUUUUUAAAUAUAAAAAUAACCUCAGGAAGCACAUUAGAAUGCAUUCAGAAGUAAACAGGUUCAUAUGCAAUUACUGUGGAAGGAGCUUUGCAAUGAAGGGCAAUCUAAAGCUACACAUCAAGAGACUUCAUUCGUCAAAAUCAGGAUACUGCAAUAUAUGUUUGAAAGAUGUGCCAAAUAUUGAAAUGCAUACAUGGAAACAUACAGGGGAACGACCACUCAAAUGUGAACUGUGCACAAGUAGCUUUUCUGAGCGUAAGGCUCUGGCCAGACAUAUAAAUUUCAGGCAUAAAUACAUAGACAAAUACAAAUGUACAAUUAACGGGUGCACAGUCAAAUUUCCAUCACAACAAAUGUUGGACUUCCAUGUUUUGAAGCUCCAUGGCAAUAUUGUACCUUUUCCUUGUGACAAAUGUUCGAGAGGAUUCUACAGAAAGAGUGAUCUAGCUAGACAUAAGAUAGGAACCCAUAAGGAAAGGCUUACAGAUUGAUGUCAUAUUUGGAGGGAAAUUUUGGGCAAAUAAUAAAAGAUAAUAUACUCCCAUCUAUAUAUUUAUUUCAUGUACUGGUGU